GCUGCGCGUUGCGUUCCUGUUCUAGUGCUCUUCAACUCCACUGCCAUCCACUCUCUCCUCCUCCUCCCUCCCGCAUCAUGUCAAAACAGCUUCAGUUCAAACUCGUACUUCUUGGUGAGUCCGCUGUCGGGAAGUCAAGUCUUGUGCUACGAUUUGUCAAGGAUCAAUUUGACGACUACCGGGAAAGCACCAUCGGAGCUGCCUUCCUGACGCAAACAGUAACACUGGAUGAUCAAACGACUGUUAAAUUCGAGAUUUGGUACGUCUCAAACAAAUCACCGGCAACAUACUCCUCAAUAUUUGACAGGGAUACUGCUGGCCAGGAGCGAUACAAGUCUUUGGCCCCCAUGUACUACCGUAAUGCCAACUGCGCCGUCGUUGUCUACGAUAUCACCCAGUCCGCAUCGCUCGAGAAGGCCCGCACAUGGAUUCGCGAGCUUCAGCGCCAAGCCGACCCAUCCAUCGUCAUCGCCCUCUGCGGCAACAAGACCGACUUGUCUGCGCGCCGCCAGGUCACCCAGGAGGAGGCACAGAAGUAUGCCGAGGAGGAGGGCCUCAUGUGGGGCGAGACGUCCGCCAAGUCGGGCGAGGGCGUGUCCGAGAUUUUCACAGCAAUAGCCAAGAAGCUUCCCACUACUGCUCCUCCGCCAGCACGAUCAGGUGCUACACGGGGCACCGCUGGUGCACGAAGCGGUGUUGACCUCAACAAGCAGGCCAACAACCAGCCUGGAUCCAGUGAUUGCAACUGCUAGAUUGUUAUCUCUCGGCUACUCACAUACAUAACGACAUAUUUUGCCUUGAUUUUUCCCUCCCAUUAUGACUCUUUCACCCUCACAUGUAAUCUUACAUUACAACACGUUGUGCCGACCACUAGGGUAUACAC